AACGCUUUCAAUUCCAUUGUUCAUUGAAACGUUGCAAUAUUUUGUAAAGAAAAAGGAGCUCAUUUUGCGAUUAGGCAGGAGAGGUCACACUUCGUUUAGGGGAUUUUUAACCUGAAGUUUGGCUGUGUCUGUUAUAAAUCACUCUUCGAUAAAAAUGGCUUGCUGCCCAGGACCAGGAUACAGAACUCCCCUAGAUGCCAUGAAAGGCCCGAGGGAGGAGUUACUGUAUAUCCCAUGUAUCUAUCGUAACACAGAAAUGGGUAGGCCUGACUAUCUUGCUACAGUCGACAUUGAUCCACGAUCAUCAACCUAUUGUAAGGUUAUUCACCGUCUUCCAAUGCCAUACUUGAAUGAUGAAUUGCAUCAUACUGGUUGGAAUGCUUGCAGUAGCUGUUGCAAUGAUGCAACCAAGAAAAGGAACAGACUGAUUAUGCCAAGCCUCUACUCCUCAAGGAUCUAUGUGGUGGAUGUCUCCACAAACCCACGGAAACCAAGCAUGCAUAAGGUAGUGGAACCUGAAGAAGUAAGAACUAAGAGUGGCCUAGCUAUACCACACACAUCACAUUGUCUUGCUAAUGGUGAAAUCAUGAUUAGCGCCAUGGGGAAGGGUGAUGACCCAAUGGAAGCAAAAUGUGGAUUCAUUAUUUUAGAUGGAGAAGACUUCCAUGUGAAAGGCAAAUGGGAAGCUGAAGGGAAUAAUCCACCAUUUGGUUAUGAUUUUUGGUACCAGCCCUUCCACAACGUCAUGAUAAGCACGGAAUGGGGUGCCCCAAAAGCCUUUCUGAAUGGCUUCAAACCAGAUGACUAUACAAAUGGUUUGUAUGGAAAGAGUCUGAAUGUCUGGGAUUGGGAUAAGCACACCAUUAAGCAGACUAUUAACAUGGGCGAUGAGGGCGCUAUUCCACUAGAGAUCCGUUUCCUUCACAACCCUCUUGCAACCGAAGGUUUCGUUGGGUGUGCAUUGAGCAGUAAUGUAAUGAGAUUCUUCAUGAAAGAAGAUGGAACCUGGGCACAUGAAAAGGUGAUUGACGUCCCAAAUAAGGAGGUGGAAGGCUGGGCUCUGCCCUCAAUGCCAGGUCUUAUCACGGACAUUCUGAUCUCACUGGAUGAUAAAUAUCUAUACUUCAGCAACUGGUUGCAUGGAGAUAUCCGGCAGUAUGACAUCACUGAUACCAGGAACCCAAAACUUGUUGGACAGAUAUUUCUUGGUGGAUCCAUCUGUAAGAAUGGACCAGUGAAAGUCAUCAAAGACGUGGAGCUUGACGAGCAGCCUGAACCGUUCUACUUCAAUGGAAAUCGCAUCCACGGAGGGCCACAGAUGAUACAGCUGAGUCUUGAUGGCAAGCGCCUCUUCAUGUCAACGUCCCUCUACAGCCAGUGGGAUGUACAGUUCUACCCAGACAUGGUCAAAGAGGGUUCUGUGAUGGUGCAGAUUGAUGUUAACACGGAACAUGGAGGGUUGACCCUAAACAAGGAUGUCCUAAUCGACUUUGGGAAGGAGCCAGGUGGACCAGUGCUUGCCCAUGAGAUCCGGUAUCCAGGAGGAGACUGUAGUUCAGAUAUCUACCUCCAUAACACCAACAGCAACUUGUAGAUAUGGGAAGCAAGUGUAAACACUUGUCACACUAUUAACUUUAUGUGACGGGUAUCGGUGAAUUCACCCAAAUAUGGGCAUACUUAAUCUCUUGCCCCCCCCCCCCC